AUGUGAUGAAUUUUCGCAAAAAACCGAUUUGAUGAAAAUAAUUAUCAAUUGUCAAUUUUAAAUUUAGAAGUUGUAAAAUUACCAUCGAUUUUUAUUAAUUAAAUAUGUUUGCACGACUUUCAUCUGCAUCGUUUGUAAAUUUAAGAACGAUUCAAAGCAGGUUAUUUUCAUCAUCAGCUAAGUCUUUUGAUCAAAGUGACGUUCAAAUUUCUUUAACUGAUGAUGGCCGAACAAUUGUGAUGUACCAUCCUGAACCAUCUUUUCCUUAUGAACAUACUAAACCUUUACCAGUUGAAGAACCUAAGCUCAAAGAGGAAGACUCGGUUUUGAGGGUGGAUUUGCGAGAAGAUGUUGACGAUAUCAUGUUUGGAAGGGACUUGACUGCUGAAGAAUUGAUUAGACUCACAAAUCAAUCAAGACGCUUUUGGAGAGAAAAAGAUUGUCACACGAGAUUUUUCAAUCGUAGAAAGUUGAAGUCUAAAAGCAUCUGGGAUAACAAGGAUCGCGAAGGAAUAUAAUCCAAAAUCGAAAAACUAGUGAUAAUUUUGUAACAUUAGAUUAUAUCCAAUAACUUUAUUCAAUUAAAGUGUAAAUUAGUUGACAAAUAA